AUGUUUUUGCAGAGCCUUUGGCAUUACGUGGCUACUGGCGGCCGCAAUGGGCAUGUUGGGGUGCAGAAGCCUGGCCUUUGUGGUGCUCUUGCUCUCGGGGUCCCUGGCAGACAGAAAGGGCACCCUGGACUACGCCUCCAUCAUCGGGGUGCCCAACGGGGGCCCUGGGGCAUCUGGGCCUGUCAGGAGAUGUGCCCCCAAGGGACAUACACCACUGGGUUCAGCAUCAAGGUGGAAUCCUAUCAGGGGGCUGCCAAAGACGACAUGGGGCUGAAUGGAGUCCGGCUCCUCUGCACGCGUGGCGGUCAUGGAGACAAGCGUGAGGCCCAUGCCGUGGAGUCGCAGAGCGGACGGUGAUCCUUUGGCUCUCUGUGGUUGGGGGUGGGCAGGUGUGGGGUGCAUCUCCUGUCCUUUGGCAGACCUGGUUUGUGGUGGGGUCUGCACCAUGUGCGCACAUACUCCUGGGCACAGUAAAGUGCAGUUGUCCCCCCCCCAUGUCUGGAAGUGGUGCCUCGUGUCUCCCUCAUCAGAGGGACAGUGACUGCGGUUUGGGUUUUAGACCAAACUUUAAAAGACCCCUGUGGGAUCAGUCUAAACCCACAGCAGAGUCAUCCCCUCACUGACAUAAAAUCCACCACGGACAGCAGGACUAGUGAGAAGGUCUAAUGGGGGCUUUGGGGGCCACUGUGCCUUGGGGCAAAAGCUUCCUGUUUGCAGGAGGCAGGGAAAGCUGAAGCAGAAAACCUGAAAAAGUCUCUGCUCUUGCAGGGCCAAAUGUCUGCAAAGUGGGAGCAAACUAGUGGCCACAACUGGCACUGCCAGUCCUUGUGUGGCAGAAUGGCCCCCCCUCCCAUUAAUUACCUUGCCCACCCACAGCUCCAUGGGGCUGGCAUCUUUCUCUCUCUUUGCCCAGGUGGGGGCUCUGGUCAGAGGUUGUCUGGUGCCCCCCCCGGUGGCUACCUGGAGCACUUCUCCCUGCGAGUCCAGCCAGUUCGGAG